AGGAGGAGCUGUCCACAAAACCACUAACAUUUCUUGAGCAUCUCUCGCUUAAUAUCAUCAGAGAGGGCUGCUUUCGCUCUUAUGCUUUUUAUGUGCUGCUAACAGUUCAUUUGUUCAACUCUUGAUUUUGCAUAAUACAGGUCCUUUAUAUCCUCAGAAAGAAUCACGUAAUGGUAGGCUAUAGUAGCACAGUAGGUUUCGUAAGUUAGAUCCAGGCGGAGAAAGUGACGCCGGUGCGGGACAGCGCGUGCUUCAUCACGUGAGAGCACAGCAGCAGCCUCACUGCAGCGGGACAGGUGCAUCCACGCGCAAUCCAACACACACACCGAAACAGCCCGAGUGUGGAUGUUCAUACAGUGACAGACAUGCGUGUUUGAGCGGGGAACGCUAAUAUCAGCGGUGUUUUCUUCGUGAGGAGUGCAGUCAUGGUUCUCAAAGGGCUGAUCUUGUUGUUGCUGUUGGUACAGUUCUCUGCAGAGAGCACUGCCAAAGAAGGAGGCAAACCCAAGAAGGGCAAAAAGGGCAAGCAAGUCAUCUGUCCCUCUCAGUUAUCAGCAGAGGACUUGGACAGAGUCCCAGCCAACUCAACCAGCAACAUACUGAACCGCUUGUUGAUGACCUAUGAUUCACGAAUACGACCAAACUUCCAAGGUAUCCCAGUGGAAGAUAAGGUGAACAUCUUCAUCAACAGCUUUGGGUCAAUCCAGGAGACCACAAUGGAUUACCGUGUUAACAUAUUCCUGCGCCAGCGCUGGAAUGACCCACGGCUACGGUUGCCAGCUGAUUUUAAGUCGGAUGCAUUGACCGUUGAUCCAAAAAUGUUCCAGUGUCUAUGGAAACCAGAUCUGUUUUUCGCCAAUGAAAAAAAUGCUAAUUUUCACGAUGUUACACAGGAAAACAUACUCCUGUUCAUUUUCCGCAAUGGAGACGUCCUCAUCAGCAUGAGGUUGUCUGUCACUCUUUCUUGCCCUCUGGACCUAACACUGUUUCCUAUGGACACCCAGCAAUGCAAUAUGCAGUUAGAGAGCUAUGGCUAUACCACAAAGGAUCUCGUUUUUAUGUGGCAGUCUGGAGACCCUGUUCAGAUGGAUGAGAUUGCUUUACCACAGUUUGAUGUAAAGCAAGAGGACAUUAAGUAUAGAAAUUGCACAAAGUUCUACCAGGGAACAGGUUAUUAUACUUGUGUGGAAGUCAUCUUCACUCUCAGGAGGCAGGUGGGCUUUUAUAUGAUGGGUGUUUAUGCUCCCACCCUGCUCCUUGUCGUCAUAUCAUGGCUGUCCUUCUGGAUCAACCCUGAUGCCAGUGCAGCUCGAGUCCCCUUAGGUAUUCUGUCUGUUCUGUCACUGUCAUCUGAGUCUAUGUCUCUAGCAUCUGAGCUUCCUAAGGUCUCCUAUGUGAAAGCCAUUGAUAUCUGGAUGAUUGCCUGUUUGCUGUAUGGUUUUGCCUCUCUUGUGGAGUACGCUGUGGUUCAGGUGAUGCUGAACAGUCCCAAGCGCAUUGAGGAAGAAAAGGUAAAGAUGGCUCAGAAAGAGAAAGAAAGAGAAAAAGAGAACAAGACACCAGCUAAAACUAACAGUGCCAAUGGCACUGGUGGGACGCCUAUGCAUGUCAGCACACUACAGGUUGUGGAAAACCGCUGUAAGAAGGUGUGUACUUCAAAAUCUGAUCUGCGCUCAAAUGAUUUCAGUAUUGUCGGUUCUCUACCACGAGAUUUUGAACUCUCAAACUUCGACUGUUACGGCAAGCCUAUUGAGGUCACAGAUGCUGCCGGCAAAUCACAGAACAAGAACAAAAAGAAGCCGUCACCUCCGAAACCCAUCAUCCCGUCUGCUGCUAAACAGAUUGAUCUCUAUGCUCGAGCUCUGUUCCCUUUCACCUUUCUUUUCUUCAAUGUUAUUUACUGGUCUGUCUACCUGUGACCAUGACAGAGUAUAAGUGUGUGUGUGUGUGUAUGUGUGUAUGUGUGCUUUUAUGUUGAUGAGGGUGAUAAUCAAGCAUGAACAAAGUGUCGAAAUGGUCAUCAUUUUCAUUCUUUCACGUCUGUUAUUUUGGUCUGCCAGUUAAAUAGUCCUGCUUAUUUGUAUUUUUCCUUAUAAGUCGCUUUUUUAAAAUGUGUAGCUUUAAAGGUGCA